GGUUUUUUUACUUUUCAUUUUAAGCUCAAAAGAUUCCUUAAGAAGUAAUUCGCCUGUGGAAAUGGAAACAAACGCAGACCCAGUUGAUCCCUUGAGUGCAAACGUAACUGCUCUUGCAACACAUCUAGAGACCCCAGGAGGUGUUGCCAUGGAGGCCAACUCAGAUGGAGAGGACGAUGCAGAAAAUGCAGACAAGGUAACUGAAACAGUAAUGAACGGCAGCAUGAAGGAAACACUGAGCCUUACUGUAGAUGCUAAAACCGAAACGGCCGUUUUCAAAAGUGAGGAAGGAAAAUUGUCUACCUCGCAGGAUGCUUCUUGUAAAUAUGUAGUAGAAGAGAAUGCAGAAGUUGCAGAAGAGGCCCCUUCAGCUCUGCAGCCCCCUAACAGCAGUCCAGAACAGAGGACUGACCACACCCAUUUAGGAGAGGCGUCUGUUAAUGGCCCUGUAUGAUACGUUGUGUCUCCUACCUUGGCUGAAGAAAAUGAACUGAUACCUGGGUGUUGGAGUGUUUCUCGAGGAUUUCGUCUAGCCCCUGUCGAAGCCAGUCACUGCUGCACUAAUUUCGCAAGGGAUCAGGACCAGCAACCUUUAUAUUCUAGAUUUUAAGACAUUGUACAGAAAUUAAUAAGUGUAAAAAUAUUGCACAUUGAGAAAUACCAAUAAUUUUUGCGUAUGUUUAUAUUGUAUUGUUCUAAAGAAUGGGUGGCCUGUGAAAUAAGAUCCUGCUACCCGUGUAAUGAUGACAGUAGUGCUACUAUAGUUCAAAUGGCUGUAAGAAUAGUUUUAUAAAAAAGUGAAUACACAAAUCUAAUGUAUUUGAGACAUAACUAUUUGACAAUUAGUGUGACCAAAGUAUUUAGCAGUUUUCAUACAUUUUUCACCUUGUAAAAAGAAAAGAAAAAAAAUGAAUUCAUGUUUCUUCUGAAACCGAAACGCCCUAUAAAUGUUAUUUUGGUUGUUUUAGCUGACAAAAGUGAUUUAAAUAAGAAUUUUUGGUGUUUCAACAUUUUACAACAGGUUUUUUAAUUGGUAAUUGUUUUCUGUAUUGUUUAAAACAGAUCAAAAAUGUAAGUCUAUUGGUAGAGAUUUUAAGUAUUUAUUGCUACAACUUAGUUGACAAAUUGAUGUUACUGUAAAGCCAUAUGUUCUGUUAAGUCUUGUUUGCUUGAAACAAUACCUUCCAGGUGAAACACGAGAAUCUUUGAAGUGCACAUGGGUUGCUGUGUUUAAGUGAUUCACCUGCCUUUUAACCCGUUCACCGAGAUUUACUUUAACGCCGAGCAUUAUCCGAUGGAACAUUUCAGAACAAUCUGCGUAUUUCAAACGCUAUAAUCCUUUUAGACAAGUCAAGUAAAUGAAAUGCCCGUGCUGCUGAUGGAAUUACAGUACACGCAUUUUAAAAGUAUAUAGUGUUUUUAAUACCGAUUUUGGCAGCAGAGCAUGUUAAUUGUUACUUUCACUGUACUGAUCUGUGUGAGGCUUUCAUUUUUAUGUUCUAAACCAGUUUUUUCGCAGCUGGUUUGUGUAUAUAUAUAUAGUGAUUAUGGAGACUAAUUCUGUGUAAUUUAUAAUUUUCUAUGUCAGUGUAAAAUUCCAACAGCCUUCUCAAACAAACAGAAGCAAUAUUCUGUAUAUUGCCACAUUGUCUGGUGAAAGGGUUAAAGUACUUCACCUUCUGCACUUUUAGAUGCAAAUCCUCUUUUUGUUUCUGUAAUAGUUCUAUUCAUUUAUUUUUUACAUCAUUUGUUUUCCUGACCAGUAUUUAAAGCCAAAAGGAUACUCUCAACAGUGGCCAAUGAUUUCUUUUAGAAGGCAUCCCAAGCAACGUGCCUAAACAUUACAUUGCGUACAGAAAUAAAAAACAGACGAACCAACCAUGUAUGUAUAAUGGCAUUGCCCUUAUUGCUUGCUCUCCUGCAUUUUCUGCAGCGAAUUUCAGUGACCCUCGUUGCAGAUUGUUAGAAAUGAGUCGGGUAUGUGAAAAAUAAGGGGGCAGAACCCACAGGAUAACAGGUGGAAUUGGUAAUUAUGGUUGCCCUUUUCUUUGUCCUUUAUAAAUGAUGGAAU